UUUCGUUUUUUUUCAUCGGGUUGAUUGACGCUCUUCAGUGUUGGGAGAUAAAAUAAAUCUGCAGAAUCAUGGCAGACAAUUCUCAACGAGAGAAAAUUGAACAAUUUACAAACUUAACGGGCAUAGAUGCAGAUAGAGCAAAGUUUUAUCUAGAGUCAUCUGGCUGGAAUAUAGAGCUUGCAGUUGCCAGUUUCUAUGAGCAUGGAGAUGAUGACGAUGUACAAAUUGUGGAGGAAACAAUUGCUAAUGAAGAUAUAGCACAGCAACCCCCUCCCCAAAGAACUGGAGCCACAAAGUCAAGGUUUGGCACUAUAUCUGCUCUGACACAAAGUGACAGCGACAAUUCUGAUUCUGAUGAGCAGGGACAGGCAUUUUACGCAGGGGGCUCAGAACACAGUGGACAACAAGUGUUAGGGCCACCAAAGAAAAAAGAAACUGGGAAGAAAAUCGUGGAUAGUCUCUUCAAAUCAGCAAAAGAACAUGGUGCAGAAGAAAUCGGUGGAGAAGGGUCUCAGUCACAGGCACCAGGAGGCAGUCGCUUUGCAUUUCGUGGUGCUGGAUACAAACUGGGGGAGACAGAGGAUGACCCAGUCAGUAUGGUCCAAGGGAAACCCAUGGAGACCGAGAAAAGACAGGUUGAUAUGGUACUAAAAUUAUGGAAGAAUGGAUUCAGUAUAGAUGAUGGCCCUUUGCGUGAUUUUCACGAUCCAGCAAACAAAGAGUUUCUAGAUGCUGUAUCCAGAGGGGAGGUUCCAAGGGAGCUGAUCAGUCGAGGGAAGGAAGUUAAUUUAAACAUGGAAGAUCAUCGGACAGAGGACUAUGUCCAACCCAAAGUCUCACUCAAACCUUUCACAGGGGCUGGUCACAUGUUAGGAAGUCCAGCGCCAUCUGUAGUAAAAUCUCCAGGGAACACCUCCAGUAGUUCAGGAUCUUCAGAGGAAACUGCUAAACAAAGGGUCAAGGUCGAUGACAAGUCCCCAACAACCAACCUGCAAGUCAGACUGGCAGAUGGUUCAAGAUUAGUGAUAAAGUUGAAUCAUACACACAGAAUCAGCGACAUCAGGAAUUACAUAACAAUCGCCCGUCCAGAGUACGCCUCAUCCAACUUUGUCCUGUUGACGACUUUUCCAAACAAAGAACUCUCAGAUGAAAGUCAAAAUUUAGCAGAUGCUAAACUCUUAAAUGCAGUUAUUGUGCAAAGAUUAAAGUGAACUUGGACACUCUUGACUUGAUGCUAAUAGUUUGAGUUAACUCCCUUAGGUACGAGGUCGUAUCCAACAUACCGAAACAGUUUAGCUUUAUUUAUUCUUUGGAAUUUGUAUCAUAUUACAUCUUGAACAUUCAUUUAGAGUAUACAUUAUGUAAUUUUUUUUAUCAAAACGAUAAUAGACUUACACGGAAAUUUGUUUGAAAGAACUGAAGUUUGAAGCUGGUUUGUAGAUUAUUUGUUUAUAGCAAUUGUUGUCUCAAAUCAUGAUGAGAAUCAUGAAAAUAAACUUGUUGAAGACUAGAAACAUCA